AUCUGACUCUUUCAGAUGGACAUAAGACUUAAUUCUCACUAGAGUGAGACAGGUAUCCGUAGAACACUCAAGAAGGAUGAAUAAAGCUUGGAAAGCAGUGUUUGUGCUGAGCGCCUUCAUCGCAGCAGCACAAUGCCUGAACUGUCGUCAGUGCCCUUUUGAUUUAUUUGGCACGUGUCUGUUCGGAAGGGACAUCACGUGUAAUAAUUCGACUGAGAGCUGCUACCGUGGACUUGCACAGUUCAAUGCGACUGGCGCUAUCAGUCUGCACAUCCGUGGCUGCGUGGACUCAGACCUGUGUGGGAAGACAGUGACCGGCAGCCUCCUGGGUGCUGGUUUCACCAGCAGUUUCACGUGUUGUACAACAAACCUGUGUAAUGGAGCCACUUCUGUCCAACUCCCUUUCACUGUGGCUCUCUGUGCUGCCAUCCUGUCCUCUCUGUGGGGCUUGUGGGAGUUGUAGUUUUACAUGACCUGCCUCUGUUUCCACAGUUCACUGAGAGGAUUUGUUUACUGUUUGCUCUAAUUCUGCUAUAAAGUGAUCAUUAUAAAUCAGAAUACCAUAGCCUACUAUUUACUAUGAAAAUCAAUAAAGCAUCAUCAAAAAGAGUAAUGGUAA